AUGGGCCAGAUUAGCAAUGUUACAGAGUUUGUUCUCUUGGGUUUUGCUCAAGACACUGAUGGGCGAAAAGCAUUAUUUGUAAUGUUUUCAUUUAUAUACGUUGUGACCAUGGUGGGGAACCUGCUUAUCCUGGUGACUAUCAUUGGCAGCCCCUCUUUGGGCUCCCCAAUGUAUUUCUUCCUUGCCCACUUGUCAUUUAUGGAUGCUGCAUAUUCUACUGCCAUUUCACCCAAAUUGAUGAUAGACUUACUCUGUGAUAAAAACACUAUUUCCUUCCCAGCUUGCAUGGGCCAGGUCUUCAUAGAACACCUAUUUGGUGGUUCUGAGGUCUUUCUUCUGGUGGUGAUGGCGUAUGAUCGCUAUGUGGCCAUCUGUAAGCCCCUGCACUAUUUGACCGUCAUGAAUCGACAGGUUUGCAUCCUUCUGUUAGUGGUGGCCUGGUUUGGAGGUUUAGUUCAUUCUGUGUUUCAGAUUUCUGUUGUGUAUAGUCUCCCUUUCUGUGGCCCCAAUGUUAUUGAUCAUUUCAUCUGUGACAUGUACCCAUUAUUGGAACUGGCAUGCACUGACACCUACUUUAUAGGCCUCACUGUGGUUUUCAAUGGUGGAGCAAUCUGUAUGGUCAUCUUCACCCUUCUACUAAUCUCCUAUGGAGUCAUCCUAAACUCCCUUAAAACUUACAGUCGGGAAGGGAGGCGUAAAUCACUGUCUACCUGCAGCUCACACACCACUGUGGUUAUCCUCUUUUUUGUUCCCUGUAUUUUCAUGUAUGUUAGACCUGUUUUAAGCUUUCCUAUUCAUAAAUUUAUGACUGUGUUUUAUACAGUUAUCACACCCAUGUUGAAUCCUUUAAUAUACACGUUGAGAAAUUCAGAGAUGAAAAAUGCUAUAGAAAAUCUCUGGUGUAACAAAUCAACUAUAGAAAGAAUAAGAAUGUCCCUCUUCAUGUAG